GCAAACAGGCAGAGACACAGUGGAUGGAGAGGCUGCAGGUCCCCGUCGUCGAGAGAGUGACCGCCAUGCUGCCCUGGAGGAUGGCCAUCGUUGGCCUUUUCUACUUCUGCAUCAGAGCAGGUGUCACCCAAUACCACAAUAAGGCUCUAUUUCCAGCUGCAAGGAAAAUUAAAAGAGGGUUGACCAGUGUGGCGAUUCCCACCUUCCACAGCUCCUUCAAAGACGUUCAUCUCUUAUUUGAGAUCCUGCUGACCGGCGCUACCUUCGAGGCAAGCGGAGAGUUCUCGGUGCAAGACGCUGAGCUGGCUUCCCUACGCAAGGCUAGAAGCCUGCAAGUCAUCUGCGAGGAGAUCGUUCCCAAGAAGCUAUCCGACGUAUUCAGGCUCAUCGCUGGCCUUUCUCAUCACACCGGUCACCUGCGUCAGGAGGACUUUGAGCGCACCCUGCUGACCUUGGUGUACACCUCCCAAGCGAUGGUCAAUUCCUCCGAUGAACACCAGCGGCGCAUGUGGGCCGAGUCUUUUGUUAGUUUGUACAAAGCCAUCCAGCUGGAUCUGACAGGGAAUAGCUGAGUGGAUACAGAUGUUGCUGCCCAAUGGCCUCCUGUUUUCAAUUCUGUUUUAAAGAGAUUAGAGGGUCGUCUUGGUUUG